AUGUUCACCUACGGCAGUGGCGACCAUGGCAAGCAAGGGGAGACUCGAAAAAUUGUGGCAGGUCCGCACGCACAAAGCAAUGGAUGUGUCGUCUGCGGCCUAGACCAGAACGGAGACAGUAUCUUACUUUGCGACGGGUGCGAUGGUGAGUAUCACACCUACUGUCUCGUUCCUCCCCUCACAGAAAUUCCGGUUGGAGACUUUUACUGCAAGAAAUGCACAGACUCUAAUUUGGCCAAGCAACGAGAAGCCGAAGCUGAGAGCAUUAUCACCGCCCCGACAGCAGGUGCGACAACCUGUGAAACUAAUAUGACCGUCAAUUCCCCAGCUGUAUCCAGCACAUCUUCUACAUCAGUUAAAACAACUAUAUUCAUGAGGGAGUCAAAGUACAGGGGCGUGUCAAAAGUAUCGAUGAAGGGCGUGAAGAAGCCAUUUGUGGCCAAGCUCUGGCAGGGUUCUAAAUAUCUUCAUUUAGGUACUUUCGGUAGUGAGAUUGAAGCUGCUCAUGCCUACGAUAAGGCUGCGCUCAUACAUUAUGGCAAGAGUGCACAGCUAAAUUUUCCUCACUUACACGACAGCUUUGUUCGGCCAGAAGUAGCCUUUAGCACACGGCCUCAAACCUCAAAUAUUGGAACGGCUACAGCUUCUACGCUUUCUUCUGCAUAUUCUACUGAACAAAUCUCAUUUUCUGGUCGCGGGCGAGGUCGAGGUCGAGGUCGUGGUCGAGGUCGCGGACGUGGCAAACGUCCGCAAGACUCACCUGAAGCGCAUGGAACGACUGCACUUACUGAGACCAAGCGGCGUAAAAUCGAUACAUACGGAACACCAGCAGACACAACUGAGCCGAACACGGCAAAUGCUCUGGCCAAAAAAUAUCUUGGCGUUCAGGUUCAUCGUGUGUAUGCACACGCGCAGAUUCACGUCAAUGGUGAGAUAAUUAACUUGGGCACAUUUCCUACGGCAAAAGAUGCGGCGCUAGCGUAUGACAAGGCGGCGCUGAAAUACUUUGGAGGAUCUAAUGACGAUCGUCAGGAGAUAGUUCUGAACUUUCCGCAAGAGCGAGAGAAAUUGCUGAGAGAGUUAACUGAAGAGGAAAAGCAUAAUAUACCGUCGAGUACAGGAGGAUCAAGUCAUGCCAGCCGUAGCGCUCAAAGUGCCAAGUACCACUUGUCGAUACAGAAACUGAAUUUGUGGAUGUCAAAAUUACAGAGAUCGGUGAAAAUGGUGGAAGCUUCACAAAGAGUGCAAUGGAGUAUACAUCCUUCGUUUGUAGAUGAAGAGCGAGAGAGAGGCAAAGAAGAAAUUGCCGUGAGCGUACCGUCCUUAGUGAGAUCUGAAUUUUUCGGACUUGGACCCACUAUCAAGACCGAGUUUACGACAAGGGAUCAGAAAAUGAGGCAGAGCAAGAAUAAUAUUCAAGAAUCGAUUGCAUUGAUGACUGAAGAGCUUAAAAUUUAUGCAGCUGAUGCCCCGAUUGACCCGCACUUCCAGCCACCACCUCGUAGUGCCCCAAUCCUCGAACUAAUGUCCACUUCUCGGCACCUGAAGCUGGUAAGUGCGAUCAGCGACCUUGCUCACUUCGAUGUCAAGGUCGUUGAAAAAGUCCCUUAUUCUGCGGCUGACGGAAGCUUCGAGAGAAAAUUACAAGCGGUUGUCGAUUAUCGUGCUCGUCUAAAAAUGUCAAGUGAAAACGAAAAGCAAAAGUUGGCUGCAUUCAUGCGUGACUUGAAGACUUCGGCGUCAUCUACUUUGAUAGAUGAUGCAAAUAAGACAUCAAUAACAACAAAAGAUGGUCAUAAAAAAACUGAUUUUUUGAAGAAAGCGAAGUACUUGAAACGCAAAGUUUUGAUCUUGAAGUCAGAGAAGUGCAACAUAGCUGAUGCUCAACCUGAUCCAAAAUGCGAAAAUGAUCCGAACGAAAAAGUGAUGGAUUCUCUCACCACUUUAGUCGACGAUGGUAGUGCAUAUCUGGCUGACGUUGUGACGGGUCGAAGCGUUUCAGAAUCGCAAAAUCUUCUGGACGAGUCUACCGUUGAGAAUAUUGCCACUGAUGAGACUGAUAGUGUUACUCUCGAUGUAUGUGAAGAGGAUAAAAACGCUACAUUGUCAAUGGAUGAAAAGAACACAAUUCUUGAAGCGAGGGGCAAGGGUGAUGCCGCACCUUUGGAGAUCUUUAAAAAGGAAGUAAUAGAGGUUGAUGCUUCCGAAGCAGUAGAAGACGGAAUUUCUUCAACAAAAGAAAUUGCAGAGGAUUCAAUGUUGACCGCGGAUAUUCCUGCUGAGAUAAACGGGUUAGAAAGUCCGGAGGUUGAUAUGCUUGAGGUGGACAAGGCCAAAACCAAAACAGAGGCUUUGAAAAACAAAGCUGAAUUAGUCCAAGCUAUAACUGUAGAGGCUGGAAGUGACAAGGCAGAGAACGUCGAUGUCGUCAACUCUACCAGCACUACAACGACUGACGAUGUCGACGGAGGGAAUGCAAAUCAAAGCAAUGAUAUCAGCAGGAUAGGGUGUGGCAAGACUGCAACGCCUACAUGCGAAAUAUUUGGUCUUGAGGAUGAGUUUGAGUGGCAGUACUUCUUGGCAAUCCAGGAACCUUCACUUAAAAAGGAUCUUUCAGCACCCGGAAGUUUGUGGCGAUUACUUCCAUUAUCAAAUACACACAAGAUGAGUAAUUUUGACGAAGAAAUUUAUCUAAGUGAGCCUGAAGUGCUAGAAUUGGAGGUUUCAGAGGAAGAGGUUUGCUUUGCUUACAAGACUAAAGAAGGGGAAAGUGCGUGGAUAAGAAACUUGCAGCAAUUGCAUGCAGAAGAAAGUCAUGUCCGACAGCAACUUCAGCGAGAGACUAACCAUCAGCAUACGUUGCAAGAAGUGAUGAAGAUUGAGCAAGAUCGGCUCAGUAAGAUGUCAGUCAUGUAUAAUGAGGCUAUGAAAAAGCUUAAUACGAACACAGCUCUGGCAUUGAAGUAUCACGCACGAGCAAGUCAAGAUGCUCAAUUAGUGAAGUUGAUGCAGCACACGUUUAAUCCAAUUUUGGAGGAUCUUCUGGAUGAUUGCGAAGAAGCACUAUUGUGCUGCUUUCAAAAAUUAUCAAAGCGAUUCGAAGACUUUUUGCAAGAGUUUGAGUAUUACCGCAGCGCUCUGCUUAGCUUAAUGAGUUCCUUAGAGCAGAAUUCUGACAGUGAAACAAUUUCUGCUGACCCUGUUGAUGCCUCGAAUAUAGUUACGGACAACAGCGUUUUGAUUAAACGGGAGAAUCUUGAGAGUGUAGCAGGCGAAACUUCCGAUAGAAUUCUAACAUCGAUUUCUCCUGUCGUUGAGGAGCACGUCGAGGAUAGCAAAGUCGUCAAGCUUGAGGCAAAUGGCGAGUUUGACGAUUUGGAUGACAGCUUUGGAUUGAAACAAGCUUAUAUUGACUUUUACGUGAGCGAAAUGGAAGUUUUGUGGCGAGAACGAAGCUCUUCGCUCGAAAUGGUGCAAGCGAUCCAACGUUCUCUACUGCAUUCCUCGGGUAAUGUGGAAAUAAGUGUCGAAAAAUCAGCGGAAACUAAAUCGUCUGAGGAUGUUAUGGUGAAGGAAGAGGAAAUUGAUGACGUUGUUGAAGCGAUCGCACCUUUCAAACCUGAAGUGCAAAUCGCCGAAAAAAUACCUGAUCCCGAGUCAGAGUUGAUAGAUAAGACGACUGAAGCUGGGAAUGCGGCUGUAAAUAUUAUAGAAGAGGAGGCAAGAGAGAGUGUCGAAACAUCGGAAAUGAAUCCAGGCGAAAAUGUGCUGCUGAAACCCGAACUCUCUCAAAUUAACAGCGAGGUUAGCGAGGUUAGUAUUAAAUUGGAGCCAGUGCAACAGGAGAUGCCUUGUAAAUUUCGGCGGAUGCAGGAGUUGCGUGAAGCUAUCAAUCUUUGUUUGGAUCAAUGGCAACGAAUUGAAUGGCCAAAAGAGCUUAAUUCAACAUUUCUUACCCCAACCAAGUUUGCUUCGUCCAAUGCGUCUCCAGUACUGCAAAACUUGCGCAUCAAAUCGCAUCUAUCAUAUAAAACGGACGAAGAAGAUACAAAUUACGAGCCACAAUACAGCGUGAUGGACGAGUUAAAACGUGUAAUGAUCGACUUAACGCAAGAUCAAAUCAACCCUGUUCAAACGCCACACAAACCAACGACUGUAGUGAUGUAUCACCCUGUUUUUAUCAAUCACCAAACGCCAAAGAAUCAUCCAGAGUGCCCCGAGCGUAUCGAUAGAGUUGUGAACAUUCUCAACACGCUUGUUAGAGAGCACCAAGAAACGCUUACGCUGGAUCGGCUUUCGAUGUCUCCAGAAGAGUUGUGCCCACCAGAAACCACGCUUUUAAUGGUUCACUCGCCGACGUAUUUGUGUCAACUAAAAGAGCGAUCGAUUGAAGCUGGUUCACAAUCUGCGUCGUCACCUACGGCUUCAUCUCCAUCAUCUCGCGCCCUUGUGUUCGAGUCUGAUAUUGGUAUUCGCGACGAAACUAUAAGUCGCGAAAGCCAUAAAAAGAGCGGACGCUUACCGCUUGUUGGUGCUUUCGGCGCUGCUAGUCUUGAGCAAAAUGGAGUGGAGUCAGACACUUUUGUAAGCAGUAAGUCGUGGGACGUCGCUCGUGCUGCUGCGGGAACAGUAUGUCUUGCGGUUGACCGUAUUGUACGCAAGGAGUAUCGCAAUGCCGUGUGUUUGGUGCGACCCCCAGGACACCAUGUUGGCCGCCAUGGCCGGACACAAAAUGCACCUUCGUCAGGGUUUUGUUUGCUUAAUAACGUGGUAAUAGGUGCAACACAUGCUCGACUGUACCCGUGGAUUCGCAAGAUUGCUAUACUUGAUUGGGAUAUUCAUCAUGGAAAUGGCACCGAAGAGUUGCUCAAGGAUGAUCCAGAUGCUUUUUUUGCAUCAAUUCAUCUUUACUCGUCAGGAAAAUACUUUCCCGGAACAGGAAAAUCAUGUGAAACAGGCAACCGGAUUAAUGUAGCGCUCGAAAACACGGGUGCUGGUAGUGGCUCACAGGCAUUUAGGGCUGCACUCGAGUUAAAGUUGCUUCCGGCUAUACGUGCGUUUCAACCAGAUAUUAUCUUUAUCUCGGCUGGGUUUGACGGCCAUCGCGACGACAUCAUAGGUGGUGUAGCAGCAGUAAACAAUCCCAACGUACCUGCUGGAUACGUAGAGGAAGACUUUGCUUGGGCCACGAUUGAGGUGCUUAAAUUGGCGGCAGACGUGUGUGACGGCCGAGUCGUCUCAGUGUUAGAAGGUGGCUACGAUGUGCGCCGCGAGACUAACUCGCUGGCUAAGUCCGUGGCAGCGCAUGUGGCAGCAAUUUCGGCCUACGAGGCGGCUCGUCGUCUGUCGAGUGCUGCCGAUGUAGAGAUGAAAGAUAACAACACUUCCGAUUCUGACGUGAGCUCGUCUAAUCAUACUGAAACUAGCGUUAAGCUGGAGCGUGCGAUUAAAAAAGAGCCUGUGAGUUUGUUGGAAAAACUGUUGCUGGCGGACCUUGAUGACGCCAAUGUCAUCGUGAUUGACAAUGAGGACGAGGAAGAAAAUAAUCAAGAAGAUUGCGACCUCCACUACAAUAACGGUGGCGUGAACAGUCAAGACAGCAACAUUAUUAAUGUAGAAACUGGCGAAGUGGAGGACGAUGGUGACGUCGAGAUGAGUGAUGCUGAAAGCAAAGAUCUGCAACAGAGCGAGCGAAGAAUGUCAUAA